UACCGAACCGCUCCCGGGGGCACGUGAUUAGCACCAAUAUGGCGGCGCCCAGAAGCGUCCACCUGCUCGUCCGCAGAGGCUAUCAUAGAAUUUUCUCUUCACCAUUCAGUCAUAUCUACUUACACAAGCAGUGCAGUAGUCAACAAAGAAGAAAUUUCUUUUCCUGGAGACAAAGAGAUACUUCACACAGUAUAGUUUUGCCUGCUGCAGUUUCUUCAGCGCAUCCAGUCCCUAAGCAUAUAAAGAAGCCAGACUAUGUGACGACAGGCUUUGUACCCAGCUGGGGAGACAGCAUAGAAGUUAAGAAUGAAGAUCAGAUUCAAGGGCUUCAUCAGGCUUGUCAGCUGGCCCGGCAUGUCCUCCUCCUGGCUGGGAAGAGUUUAAAGGUUGACAUGACAACUGAAGAGAUAGAUACUCUUGUUCAUCAGGAAAUCAUCAGUCAUGAUGCCUAUCCCUCACCUCUAGGCUAUGGAGGCUUUCCAAAAUCUGUUUGUACCUCUGUAAACAACGUGCUCUGUCAUGGUAUUCCUGACAGUCGACCUCUGCAGGAUGGAGAUAUUAUCAACAUUGAUGUCACGGUCUAUUACAAUGGCUACCAUGGUGACACCUCUGAAACAUUUUUGGUGGGCAAUGUGGAUGAAUGUGGUAAAAAGUUAGUGGAAGUUGCCAGGAGGUGUAGAGAUGAAGCAAUUGCAGCUUGCAGAGCAGGGGCCCCUUUCUCUGUAAUUGGAAACACAAUCAGCCAUAUAACUCAUCAGAAUGGUUUCCAAGUCUGUCCACAUUUCGUGGGACAUGGAAUAGGAUCUUAUUUUCACGGACAUCCAGAAAUUUGGCAUCAUGCAAAUGACAGUGAUCUGCUCAUGGAAGAGGGCAUGACAUUCACCAUAGAGCCAAUCAUCACUGAAGGAUCUCCUGAAUUUAAAGUCCUGGAGGAUGCAUGGACUGUCGUCUCCCUAGACAACCAAAGGUCUGCCCAGUUUGAGCACACAGUUCUCAUCACAUCAGGGGACGCGAAGAUCCUGACCAAGCUGCCCCACGAAGCCUGAGAAAUAGCCCCAAGGUCACGGAGACCCGGCGCCAUUUUUCUCAAUUGCUGGAGAACUUUUAGAUGAAAGGGGAAGGGCAGGUCUCCAAGGAACCUACCUGCCUCCCAGCACAGGAAACACAGGAAGGGGGACGGAUGCCGUCGUUUGGGAGAAGAGGGACUCCUGAAGAAGAACGGUUCCCCUGACUCUUGACCUGAGUAAAAACCCUAUA